AACUUAAGAUAUUAGUAUUCUUUUCAUAUUUAGCCCUUGCGUUUGGUUGCCGUGAAGGUGUAGGAAAAUGAAAGAAAAAUCAAUUUGAAUUUUGAAUUUUUGUAAAGUGAUAUUGAAGCUGCCUAGCCCUAGCACUGGUACUAGUAUAAAAAUUCAAUUUUGUCGCCACUGUUACUGUUGAUUUGCUCAGAAUUUUCUAGCAGUGUCGAUGGAUUAAAUUUUUUUACAAUUUCUACUUUCUCUCUCUAUCAGCAUGUAAGCGUCCAAUAUUAUCUGUAUAUUUGACUGAAAUUUAUAGAAAUGGACGGUGUUGAUGAUUGGAAGAAGAAUCUGGAAGAGGAAAAGCUUCGAUUUUAAGUGGAUAUAAUAUGGCACCUGAAUAUGCAAUGCCGGGGUAUUUAACCAAUAAAGCAGAUGUUUACAGUUUUGGAAUUGUUGCCUUGGAAAUUGCCAGUGGAAGAAGCAACAUUACUUAUAGGAUCUUCAAGGAUGAAUGGCUUCAUCGUCUAAACUACAAGCUGUAAAACCUGUUGAGAACCCAGAGCACUCAUUAAAAGGGAAGGGGGAUUUGAUGGAUCUAGUCUACCCCAAAUUGGGCUUAGACUUCAACAAGGAAGAGAUCAUGGCGAUGAUGAUCAACAUAGCUCUCUUGUGCACAAACGUCUCUCCAACAUCCACGCUAGCUAUGUCAUCAGUUGUGAACAUGCUUGAUGGCAGAACUGCUAUUCAGGACAUUGUUUCUGAGUGCUCCUUGUGACGAUUUAAAGAUCAAGAAGAUGAAGAAGCAUUGUGACAUCUAAGAAAAGAGCACGGGUUUAGCAGUAGUGUGACAUCUUAUUCGUACUAACCUUAGGGUGCUAAAGGAUGUAAUAUUUAUAUUAAAUUAUUAAAUUAUUAAUAUUCUUUGUGUGAA